AUGGAAUCCAUAAGCUCGAAUGAUGAGGUUGUUCCAAGCAUAGGAAUGACAUUCCCCUCUGUGAAAGAUUAUGAAACUUUUUAUACCAAUUAUGCAAAGAGGGUUGGUUUUUCAUGGAAUAUAAGAACUACUAAGUGGAAUCAAAAUAGACAGAUUACAUAUCAAAUCUUAGUAUGUUCUAAAGCUGGUUAUCAAAGAUCAAAAAUUGAUCCACUAAAGAAGACAAAUCUAACUUCCGAGCAAAAUUGUAAAGUUAGGAUUAUUGUGAAAAAGGACAAGAAGCUGGAAUAUGUGUUAACCUUUGUGAAUAACCAGCACAAUCAUGUUAUUAGUCCUAGCAUGGCAAACACUCUGAGAAAGAAUAGGGAACUAAGCUUGCAUGCCAAAUGGAUAGCUGAGAUCAAUGAUCAAGCUGGUGUUACAAUGAGAAACAGAUAUCAGAGUUUAGCAACUACUGCUGGUGGCUAUGAUAAAUUGACUUUUAAUGAGAAAGAUCUUCGGAAUCAUGUAGCAAAAAGUGAUGCAACAACAAAACCGCAACUUCUUUAUGAAGUUAAAUUGGACGAGCAACAUCUCAUAGAGCAUGCUUUAUGGGCUGAUGCUAGAAGUCGUGCUGCUUAUGAGCACUUUGGCGACGUUGUGAGCUUUGAUAUGACGGAUAGGGAUAGAGAUAGGUAUGAUAUGCCUUUUGCCUCAUUUGUUGGGGUUAACCACCAUGGCCAAUCAUUGCUACUUGGCUGCGUUAUUCUUUCAUGCGAAGAAGAGAGUUCCUUUGUUUGGUUAUUUGAUUGUUGGAUACGAUGUAUGGGUGGCAAGCCGCCUAUUGGCAUAUUAACGGAUCAAUGCAAAGCUAUGCAAAAUGCCAUUGAAAAAUCAUUGCCAAUGACACAAUAUCGAUGGUCUAAGGAAGCAUUUGAGAGCUCUUGGACUGAUUUUAUCAAUAUAUUCAGUUUACAUAAUAAUUGGUUAGCAGGUUUGUACGAAGAACGUGACAAGUGGGUCCUAAUUUUUCUUAGUAAUAGUUUUUGGGUAGGCAUGAGUAGCACUCAAAGGAGUGAAAGCAUGCAUUCAUUUAUGAAGGGCUACCUAACCUCAAAGAGCAACUUGCAACAAUUUGUAACACAACAUGACAACUGUCUUGUAAAUAAAGCUCAAAAAGAAUAUGAAUUGGAUGCUGCCAGCUUCAAUACUAUUAUCCCUUGUGCUACUGCCUCUGCUAUUGAAAAACUAUUUCAAAAGGAAUAUUCUCAUGCAAAGUUUAAUGAGCUUCAAAAGGAGUUUAGAGCAAAGGCUAAUUGCUUUUCAACAAAAGAGCAUGAACAGGGAUAUAUUGUUACUUACAAGGUUAUAGAAGAGAUUGAGAAUGGUGAUAAGAUGUUUGAUUCUAUGUAUGAGGUGUUGUUUGAUUCUUCAACUUCAGAUGUUUCUUGCCAAUGCCAUCUUUUUGAGUCAAAGGGAAUCUUAUGCUGCCAUACUCUUUCAGUCCUUGGUCUUGUAAGAGUGAAGAAAUUGCCAAAUAAGUACAUUCUUGAUCGGUGGAAGAAAACUUUAAAGCACAAGCACAUAGCAUCAAGUGUAGCCAUGAUCCAAGCCGUUUAG